GUAAACAAAGUUAAUUAAAAAUAAAGGUUUAUAAUUAUUUUACUCACAUUAUAUAAACUUAUGCUGUUAUAUUGCUAUGUUCUGUUAAAGAUUCCUGGGAAGAAUCACAAAACACAAUUCAUAUGGCAUUACGAGAUGCCAUUUGCAGAGGAGAUUUUAAUGCAACCCGUACAAUUUUGUUGGAACUUGGGUCAAAAGAAGAUUUCAUUGUUAAUAUGGCACCUAAUGGUAGUACCACAUUGUUAUACUGUGCUUGUGAAGUUGGGAGAAAAGACAUAGUGAAAAUGUUACUUGAUCAUAAAGCUGAUGGUAGAAUACAUCCAAUAACUCGGUAUUCUCCUCUUUACAUUGUUGCUUUUAAAGGAAAAAAAGAUAUUGUUGAAAUAAUUCUUAAGGUACUAUGA